AUGGCCUUCAACGGCAAGUACGAGAUCGAGAGCGAGAAGAACUAUGACGAGUUCAUGAAGCGCCUGGGGCUUCCCAGUGAGGCCAUCGAAAAGGGCCGCAACUUCAAGAUCGUCACAGAGGUCCAGCAGGAUGGGCAGAACUUCACCUGGUCCCAGCAUUACCCUGGGGGCCACUCGAUGAUCAACAAGUUUGUCAUUGGCAAGGAAUGCGACAUGGUGACCAUGGGGGGCAAGAAGUUCAAGGCCACCGUGCAGAUGGAAGGGAACAAGGUAGUGGUGGAUUUCCCUAACUACCACCAGACCUGCGAGAUCGUGAAUGGCAAGCUGGUAGAAAUCUCUACCAUCAGUGGUGUGACUUAUGAACGUGUGAGCAAGAGGCUGGCAUAA